AAUAUGUAACUUAGCCCAGUUUUUCAGAAGAAUGGCAACAGCGAUUAAGAAUAAGUUUUUCUUAUGAGCUGAAUGGCAACAAAUAGUAAACUAGUUUUGAAAUGAUACGUAAUCGCCAUCAUUUAGGAAAAUACGCGCCAAACAAUUUUCUGCCGAACGAUAUGCACGCCAGUAUUGCCUAUUGACCUUAUCUCUUAGAUUCUUAUUUUAAAGGUUUUUACUUUUGAAGCUGCAUGUGUUUUUGAACACAGAGUGAUUCAAAUAGCUGACUCCUGAUGAUAUGACCAUUCUGAAAUAUAGUUUGUGUCACAGAAUAAAUUUGAAGUAGUGUCCAGUAACCUUUCAUAAAGGAGCCAACACGGAUUAUCAUUAGCUCAAGUAUAGAAGUUGCUUAUAACAGAAUGAAUCCGUCUUCUUUUAUUGCAUCGUCUCUAAAUAGCUCCGAAGACCUGGCUUCUCAACUAAUCAGUAUCAUUAACCUAACUGCAAAUAUCGUUAAAUCGAUACAUGCAUCUGAGAAAACAGAAUACUAUCAGGAUCUGCUAAGCUUAAGUCUUCCUCAAAACCAGCUGUCUGGGAAUUAUAAAUUGUCGAAAAGCAAUGAUAAGAAAGAUCUAGGUUCCUUGAAGCUGAAGGAUAAACCUGCCUUGUUGACUGAAAAUAAAAAUAUUCUUUUGAAUAAACUCUUAAGAAGUAACAAUACUGACGAAAAAAGUGAAAAAAUUAAUAUCGAAAAAUCUGUCUGCUGUGAAAACAAAACAUGCGAAGUAUCACCCGUAAUAAUGAAUGAUACCAAAUCAUCGUUUCAUUCACAUUCAGAAAUCGUUCCUAAUGUUCAGAAUAUGAACCUGGAGUUAUUAAACAAGAAUAAAACUUCUUAUAAUUCAGAAAGUUUCAAUCUUCCAAGCAAGGCUAUGCUUUACAGUAAUCAGUUAAUUAAAGAUUCUAGAAGUCAUUUUGAAAAUUCGUUACCAAAUAGGCCAGUAGGUAUCGCAGCUGAUUGUGAAGAUUCAGAUUCUGAUUCUAUUGUUUUUAUUUGCGAAUCUUCUAACUCGUUUAAUAAUAAAUUGCCUGAUAACAAUAUGAAUGCACAGAAUGAAAAUAAUAUUCAGUCUGAAGAGUUUAACAGGGCAAAACGUUUUAAGUAUACAGAGCAAACUGAUAAAUCGGUUAUAGAUCCACAUAAAAUAACUGAGCAUUUCCGUUCGAAUGUAAAUCAAAAUGUCAUACCUGAGGAUGUUCUGAAUUCGAUUAGUUGUUUUAAUGUUCACGCUAAAAAUAGUAUAGACAAGCUUCCUACAUUAUCAGAAGUCUUGAGUUACAACCAUUCGGCUACAAAAUAUUCUGAUACUGGAGAUAAACACUCAUACUCAGAAACUUUCAACCUUCCAAACAAAGACAUGGUUUAUAGUAAUCAGUUAGUAAAUAAUUCUACAACUUCGCUACCAAAUGUGCCAGUACAUAUUAAAGCUGAUUGUGAAGAUUCAAAAUCUGAUUCUUUUAGUUUUGCUUGCAAAUCAUCUAAUUCAUGUAGUAAUAAAUUGCCUGAUAAAAGUAUGAAAGCACAGUAUGGAAAUAAUAUUCAGGCUGAAGAAGAUAACAGAGUAAAAUGUUUGAAGUGUUCAGAGCAAACAAAUAAAUCGGUUAUAAAUGUGCAUAAAAUCGCUCGGAACUUCCGUUCGAAAAUAAAUGGAAAUGUCGUACCUGAAGCUAAUUUGAAUUCAAGUACUUGUUUUAAUGUUCAUGCUAAAAAUAGUACAGAUAAGCUUCCUACAUUAUCAGAAGUCUUGAGUUACAACAACAAUUUGGCUACAAAAUAUUGUGAUACUGGAGAUAAAUUCUCAUACUCAGAAACUUUCAAUCUUCCAAGCAAAGACAUGGUUUAUAGUAAUCAGUUAGUAUAUAAUUCUACAAGUCAUUUUAGAACUUCGCUACCAAAUGUGCCAGUACAUAUUAAAGCUGAUUGUGAAGAUUCAAAUUCUGAUUCUUUUAGUUUUGUUUACAAAUCAUCAAAUUCAUGUAGUAAUAAAUUGUCUGAUAAAAGUAUGAAUGCACAGUAUGAAAAUAAUAUUCAGGCUGAAGAAGAUAACAGAGUAAAAUGUUUGAAGUGUUCAGAGCAAACUGAUAAAUCGGUUAUAAAUGUGCAUAAAAUCGCUGAGAACUUCCGUUCGAAUAUAAAUGGAAAUGUAUCUGAAGCUAAUCUGAAUUCAAGUACUUGUUUUAAUGUUCAUGCUAAAAAUAGUACAGAUAAGCUUCCUACAUUAUCAGAAGUCUUGAGUUACAACAAUUUGGCUACAAAAUAUUGUGAUACUGGAGAUAAAUUCUCAUACUCAGAAACUUUCAAUCUUCCAAGCAAAGACAUGGUUUAUAGUAAUCAGUUAGUAUAUAAUUCUACAAGUCAUUUUAGAACUUCGCUACCAAAUGUGCCAGUACAUAUUAAAGCUGAUUGUGAAGAUUCAAAUUCUGAUUCUUUUAGUUUUGUUUACAAAUCAUCUAAUUCAUGUAGUAAUAAAUUGCCUGAUAAAAGUAUGAAUGCACAGUAUGAAAAUAAUAUUCAGGCUGAAGAAGAUAACAGAGUAAAAUGUUUGAAGUGUUCAGAGCUAACUGAUAAAUCGGUUAUGAAUGUGCAUAAAAUCGCUGAGAACUUCCGUUCGAAAAUAAAUGGAAAUGCCGUACCUGAAGCUAAUCUGAAUUCAAGUACUUGUUUUAAUGUUCAUGCUAAAAAUAGUAUAGACAAGCUUCCUACAUUAUCAGAACUCUUGAGUUACAAUCAUUUGGCUACAAAGUAUGCUGAUAUUGAAGAUGCACUCUUAUGUUCAGAAUAUUUCAAUCUUCCAAGCAAGGGCAUGCUUUACAGUAAUCAGUUAAUUAAUGAUUCUACAAGUCAUUUUGAAAAUUCACUGCCAAAUGUGCCAGUAUGUAUUGAAGGUGAUUGUGAAGAAUCUGAUUCUGAUUCUGUUAUUUUUGUUUAUGAAUCUAAUAAUAAAUUGCCUGAUAAAAAUGUAAAUGUACAGUAUGAAAAUAAUAUUCAGUCUCAAGACGAUAACCGGGUAAAAUGUUUUAAAUCUGAAAAGCAAAUUGAUAAAUCGGUUAUAGAUGCGCAUAAAAUUGCUGAGCAUUUCCCUUCGAAUAUAAAUCAAAAUAUUACACCUGAAGCUAUUCAUAAUUGUUUUAAUAUUCAUGAUAAUAAUAGCAUAGACAAGCUUCCUGCGUUUUCGGAAGUCUCAAGUUACAACCCUUUGGCUAUAAAAUAUUCUGAUACUGGACAUAAUUAUUCAUGCUCAGAAGCUUCUGUGCUUCAGGAAAAUUGUGAAAGAGUUUCUGCUGCUGAUAUUGGCUUUAUUCAUAGUGAACUUGAUACAAUUAAACCAUGUGAAGUAAACUGUUCUUCAGAUGAAAGAAUUCUAAAUAAAAAUAUAGAACCAACUGAAAUAACAGCUGUAGAGUUGCGCAAGAUUAUUGAUAUUGCUCAGAAUCUUUUUUUUGAAAAAAAGUCGUUAGAUAUCCAAAGCACUAGUAAUUAUUCUUAUGCUGGUACUGAGUAUGUGGAUAGAAUGAGUUCAAGCAGUGUAGAGUUACCGUAUAAAGAUUGUAAUUCAAAGUUUCCAGAUACCGAUGAUAAAAUCUUUCAUUCAGAAAUGUCUGUAAAUCGACAAAAUAACAUAACUGAAGGGCAGUCUGUGAUUUCGGAUGUUACAGAUAUAAUACAAACAUCAUAUAUUGAAAAUCAUAUCGGCCUCCAGAACAAAAUUCCUUUCAGCUGUCCUGACAAUGGAACUGUUUAUACAAGGAUGGGUAUGAUUCAGAGAAGGGAAGAUGGAGAAAAUUCAAAGAAAUGCUUAUAGAGAAAAAGAAACAUUGAAAAGUGCAU